UUCUGUAAGAAUACGCGUACAGUACUUACUGCAAUUUUAUUUCGAUUGCAUGGCAUCCAAUACCUACUCUUUCGGGAGUCUUCCUUAACUAUUUUUCCAUUUUUCAAACAGUCUUUCAUGAGCUAUAUUUAAGUAGAAUAGUUUUAAAUUUAUCCUAACCGCAUGUUUCGCUUAAAAAUAUCGAAAAACUUCUUUCAUCGAAAUAACACACACUCUUGACACUGUAUCUGUUUCAAGAGAGAGAUAACGACAGAACGCUGUUACGAGUGAUUGAAUGGGGUGCAGUUGCUGAGUUGAUUUCAGAGCUUGAUACCAUCUUGCGUUUAUGCCGUUUUGCCUAGAUUUUACCAAUAUAGAGUACAGUAUACUACUGACUAGUGAGUGUAGUAAUCGAAAAGUUUGUCAGUAGAAAUGGAAAAUCUGUCAGAGUUUGAGUUAUGGAAGCAGGGUGCCGAAGCGAAAGUUUAUCUGGGUGACUUUUUCGGGCAGCCUGUAAUUGUCAAGGAACGUUUCCCGAAGAAAUAUCGUCAUCCCGCUUUGGAUCAGAACCUCACCCAGGACAGAUUCAAAUCGGAGGCGCGCAUGUUGGUGCGGUGUAAAGCUGCAGGUAUUAAGACUCCGACCGUGUACUACGCCGAUUACAUAUCGUGUCGGCUGUGUCUAGAAUAUUUUCCCGGAUCCGCGACAGCAAAAGAUUUCAUAAAUGAGAAACUGCUGAUGAACGAUGAGCGUAGUCGUGAUUUAUUGAAUAAACUGAUGGCAUUGAUUGGUAGUAAUGUCGCACGACUCCAUGAUAAUGAUAUCAUCCACGGCGACCUGACCACCUCCAAUCUGAUUCUGCGGGAACCACAUGAUGAUCUCGAUUUGUACUUUAUUGAUUUUGGUUUGGGAUACGUGAGUAAAAGUCCCGAAGAUAAAAGUGUCGAUUUAUACGUUCUGGAAAGAGCCUUCCUGAGUACACAUCCAGGUACGGAAGAGCUGUUUGCGCUGUUGUUGAGAACUUAUCUGGAUAAAUCUACCCGAGAUGGAAAGGAGAUCGCUGCUAAAUUUUAUGAAGUUCGUCUGCGGGGAAGAAAGCGAGUGAUGAUUGGAUAAUGGGCUCUCUGCAUUCGAUUUAGGAAAUUCGCACCAAUACGCUUCGCUAUUAUUGUCAUCAAGGCUUUCGUGUCGGCUUCUGAUGCGGCCAACCACAAAUUUGGAAGAAAGCACCUACAAUACGCAACAGUGAAUUCACGGUAUGUAUAGACUUCCAUUCGGGCUGGUUGCUGCGUUGGUUCUUACCACCGCUUCAUUUUGCGUGGAUCUCCUGCUCCUUCGGGCAACCGGAUGAUCUUGUUCUGUGCAUAAUGGACAGGGUGAUUGGUGAUGAUAAUGAAAUUUACAACUGUGUGGUUGGUAUGUACCAAAAUUACCAAAGAGUUGUCUAUAUCUUGAGAAGAGUAUUUCUUUACUGUAUCAACUUAAACGUCCUAUUUUUCGUUAAUGCAAGUCAUGAUUAUUUUUUUAUUAAAAUCUUUGGUUACCAGAAGGUCUGGCGUCGGUGGCACUCGACUGCUCCGAUUCACUGAUUAAAUCCCGCUGUCUUUGUAAGUGGUUCACUGCCAUAGCAGGUCCACCAACCGCAAUGCAGUCGCCCUGAAAAUAUAACGAUUAACCUUGUGAAGCAGUUCUAUUAUUCUUAUAAUGACAAAAUAAAGAAAAAGUUUU